UGUGUAUACAUUUAUGAUAUCAUCUUGUGGUUUUGCCGCCAAAUUUUUUUUUUACGAUCAAGUUUUUACAUUCCGAAUCCAUUGAUUAUAUCAAAAUGACAACUAUAAAUAACAAUAAAAAACAGAAAACCAUUUUGGAUUUUUUCACCAAAAAAACCAAUCAUAAUAAUGUAACAAAUACUAAAAUCGUACCUGUAGAUAAAUCAAACAAUUUCAAUGUGAUUACAAUUAUCGAUGAUACUGGUAACACAACUACUGCUGUUAAUGAUAAAAACAACAAUGAUAAUGAUAAAAUUAAUGAAACGAAAAAAUCCUCAACGAUAGUGUUAAUAUUGUAAGCACGAAUAAUAAUAAUAAACGACCAUUGGGUUCUAAUGAUGAAUUGAAAAAUGUUGAAAAUUCAAUCAUUGAAAUCAAUUAUAUCGAUGAAAAUUUAUGUCAAUCUUUAUUCGAAGAACUUGAAAUUGAUGAUGAAAAAAAUUGUGAUUUGAAUUCAAAAGAAAAAAUUGCUGAUGAUAAUUAUGAUGAACUCGAAUCAAAAGAAAUGAUUACUGACGAUAAAUAUUCUAAUUUUGAAAAAAUUUUUCAAGAAUUUCGACAUAUCAUUCAAACGGUAUUGAAGAAUCCAUUAAAUGAACAUUUAUUCAAUGAACAAGAUUGGAAAAAUAUACAGGAUCUAACCAGUUUAGAUGGAUCAAUUCAAGUAUUGUUCAUACGAUUAUAUAUGCGAAAACAUGAUUGGAUUCGAAUUGCAAAUAUUAAAUAUCCACAACUUUGUGAUGAUAAUAAUGGCGAUCAUUCGAAACAAUUACAAAUACUAUUUAAAUCAGGUUUUAUUCUUGAUCAUACAAGUUUAAAAUCAAUUGAAGAUGGCUUUUCGGCGCUAACAUUUUUAGAGGUUAAGAUUUUUCUGAAAAAAUACAAUGGUUUCAAAAUGCCUAAAUCCAAUCUAAAACCAAAAGUAAUCGAAGCAUUUCUUCAUUAUAUUCGUACGACUCGAUCGGUGUGUAUGAGUAGUAAAACAAUUGAAGAACAGGUGUUACAACGACUUCAAAAUUUUUGCCAAGAUAAAUGUAUUCGAAUCAAUGAAGAUAAAUCUGAAGUAUUAGAUCGAAUAUUUUUACUAUAUCAUUCACCAAAUGAUUUAUUGGAACAAUUCGAAGAUAGCAACGAAGAUCAAUGGUAUCGACGUGUAUUGGGUGAUUAUUAUAAUGAUAAAAAAUUUAAUUUCAUCUCUAAACAAUUGCAAGCAAACAUUUACUGUGGUCGUGAUGAAUUAUUAGAAUUUGUUAAAGCUUUUACCAUAUAUUGUGAAAUAAUCGUAUUGAACAAUCGGAAACAAUUUAACGAAGUAAUCCAUCGUCUUCUUCCAUUCAUAUCAGAACAAUAUUAUAUUUGCAUGGCUAAAUGGUCGAAUAAAGAUUCUGGAUUGGCAGAAUUUCUACGACCAUUCACAGCCACUGGAAUGUAUGUUCGAUGUUUACAUCAAUGUUUAACAUCAUUGGACAAGAAUCGACUACAUUCAAUAUAUAUUGUAAAUGUGUUAAAAUUAUUAGACCAAAAUAUCUAUGGUGUACGAUAUCGACCACAUUGGUAUAUACGAGCAUCGUUAAUUAGUCAAAAUUAUAUGAAAAAUCUGGAACUAGCUGAACAAUUUUGUAAGGAUGGUUUACGUGAUCCAUCCGUUUGUUAUGAUCAUAGUCUUGAGCUAUAUAAUCGAUUGUUAAAAUUGAACAAAUCAAGUGUUCAAAAUUCACCAGACCUUUGCCCGGAAUAUCAUAAGCAAAAUAUUUACAAAAAACGUACAAUCGUUGCUUCAUAUCGUCAUAUUGAAAAUGAAACGGAUAGAAAAAAUUUCUUCGUAGCAAAUCAUACAAAUGGUGAUGUGGAAAUGAUUUCCGUCGAAGAAGUUGUUCGUCGACAUUAUCUUAAUGAAGGCUAUACUAAUGGAAUUCAUUGUGAAUCCAAAGUGUAUCAUUCGUUAUUGGAAUUGUUAUUAUGUGAUAUCAUUUUCUCCACCGAUAUUCCCGAUACAUUUCAUUAUCAUGGACAAAGAUUUCCACUGGAUUUAUGUUAUGAUUCAUUUUAUCAGCAACGUAAAUCAUUGAUUGAUGAUCGAAUUAAUGAGAUUUCUCGUUGGUCAUCUGAAGCACUUUCAAUCUAUAUUUCAUUAGCUGCAUCUAAUAAUACUAAAUAUCCAAUCGACAUUGAAUAUAUUCUUUUGAAUAAUUUGAAUGAAAUCGCCUAUUGUAUGACGGCACCGAAAUUGGCUCAGCUUUUACUAUUACUUGCUAAAAAUUAUCGCCAUCUUCGUAAAGGUUUUCCUGAUUUAAUCAUGUGGAAUAAAGAUACCGGCAAAUUUAAAGCAAUUGAAGUGAAAGGACCUAUGGAUCGUAUAUCGAAUAUACAAUCAAUUUGGCUAUCGAUAAUGACACAAAUUGAUUUAGAUUGUGAACUUUGUACAGUUAAACAGAAAGAUGAUCACGCUUAAAUCUAUCAAUAAAUUUUUUGUAAAUUGCUAAAAUAGAAAAAAUUAAAUUUCGAAUACUUUUCCAGGAAAU